AUCAGUGGGCGUGCCUCCAACAGGUGGGCAUGUGCAAAAGACCGUGACUGGACAGAGUGGUCAUAGUUCGGACCUGUCCGUGACAGAGUUAUGGACACCAUGGCUCUGAAACUUGUUCUGGUCCUCGUAUUUUGUGCGGGAAUCUCUGUCAUUUUAGGAGACCCCGUACCGGUCUUUAAGGACUGUGGAUCCAAAGUGGCUAAAAUCAACUCGAUCAACAUCACGCCAUGUGAAACUGAGCCAUGCCCGCUGGUGAAAGGACACAACGUCUCUGUGGUUCUCGAGUUCACCACGAACAAGCAGAUAACGAAGGCUAGUGCGGUUGUGCACGCCAUCUUAAGCGGUGUCAGGGUCCCAUAUCCUCUCCAAAACCCCGAUGGAUGUAAGGAUUCGGGGCUGAAGUGUCCCAUCGCUGGCGGGGGAACUUACAACUACACCUCCUCCCUCUUGGUGUCAAAGACUUACCCGUCGAUCAAGUUGGUGGUGGAGUGGGAACUAAAAGAUCAGGACGGAGAUGUCAUCUGGUGCUUCCAGGUCCCAGCUCAAGUUGGAGGCUAGUUGCUGCGCGGGCGCCACGUCUUUAUAUAUGAAAACCAAGUAUUCAUACAAAAUAAGAAUUGGUUCUUCGCUUAUUUAUCUCUCAGAAAUAGAAUAAAGGGGAAUGAAAUCUUC